UAGCUGCGCCGUAAACGUACUGACCAGCUAUUCAUUGGCUCCAGCUAUAUUAAAGAAACUAUAAAGACAUAAGACAAGUAUAAUAUAUAAGCAGAUCGAUCGAGGGUAGCUCAGGUUGUGUCCAUUGCCGACCGAUAGUCGACUACCCACCUGAUCUCACCCCCACACACACAAUGCUUGAGGGUCUGUUUGACGAGGAGACUGUCGAGUACGAUGCAAAGUCUGCAGGGGAUAACGAGAGCUCACGAGUGCCCCGCCCACCCACCCCCCGGAACAACACGAGGCUGUGUGGUCUCAGUAACCUUGGUGCCACCUGCUACCUCAACUCACUGUUACAGACUCUGCAUUUCACUCCAGAGUUGAGAGAGGAACUAUUCAAACUGACUGAGACAGAGUUGGGCAUCUUCUCCACUCAGGAGGGAGCAGACAACUCCAUGGUGCGAGUGAUUCCUGUCCAGCUGCAGAAGUUGUUUGCCAAUCUCCUUCUGCUCAACCAGCAGAGUUGCAGUGUGGACGCUCUCACAAACAGCUUUGGUUGGAGCAACAGUGAGGAGUUCCAGCAGCACGAUGUACAGGAGUUGAAUCGGAUACUGUUCAGUGCCAUCGAGUCCUCUUUACUGGGCACCUCAGGAGAGCAGCUCAUCUCUAAGCUCUAUCAUGGCGUCUUUGUGCAACAGAUAAUCUGUCAGGUGUGUGGUCGUGUGAGUGAAAGGGAACAAGAAUACCUAGAUCUGGCCAUGGCCCUCUCCACUAGCCCCACUUUGGAGGGGGUGCUCCAGGAGUCGUACAUCGAACAAGAGUUGCUGGAGGGAGCCAACCAAUAUCGUUGUGAGAAGUGUGGCAAGCUUGUCGACGCUAAGAGGGGCUGCAAGAUUCGGCAGCUGCCACAGAUCCUCACGAUAGCCCUCCUAAGGUUUCUCUAUGACUACGAGAAGGGUGAGAGAUAUAAGGACACUAGCAAAUUCAAGUUCCCACUUGAGUUGGACAUGGCCCCCUACUGUGAGGAUGGCUCUGUGGGGGGUAGCAGUGUGUACGAGCUGUUCUCGGUGGUCAUUCACAGUGGCAGCACUCACUCCGGACACUACACUGCCUACAUUCGGGACAUUGAUGGACUUGGAACUUGGGCUUCCCCCGACGAGGAAGUGGUCCAGUUGCCACGGGACCCGGCCUCUGGUAGUGUGGACCUCAUUGACUUUGAUAACCCUGCUGACCUCAUGCUGGAGCUACUCAAACAAUGUGGAGGGUCUGCCACCAUCUCCAAGCUCACUAAGGCUCUACAGGACAAGACUGGAGUGACGUGGAACAAGAGGUUCAAGAAGCAGUUUGGGCCCAUUACAAAGUUCCUGGGUAGCUGUCCCGACUUGUUCUCAGUCAACGAAUCUAACCUAGUGUCACUGGGUGGAGCCAACAAGACAGACACACAACAAGCUUCCUCUGGUGAUAAGUCAGGGGGCAGUCCCCUUAUUGUGAGGGUCAAUGUAGAGCAGGCCGUCAAUGCUGAGGGUGGAGAGGAGGCGGAGUCACAAGGUACAGGUACAGCAGUUUCAACUAAAGGUGAUAGCGUCGAUGCAGUGAGGGGUGGAGCUAGCGAGAGUGGCCAAGACAAGAAGAAUGGCGGGGAAGGGAAGAAAAAACCUGUGAAGAAAGAGUCCCCUCCAGCCCAAGGGCAGUGCUGGUUUGAGUUCAACGACACCCACGUAUCUCCCAUCAGGGCCAAACAGAUGGAGAAGAUGUACCAGGGCAAGCAGAGCGCUUACAUGCUCUUCUACAGGAAGAAGGACAUGCAGAGACCACCUCAAGCGUUAGGCAACAAAUUAUUUGGUGUUCCUGAGAGAUUUCAAGUGGAGGUGGCCCGGGCUAACACAAUACUGGACCAGGAGAGAUAUGAGUAUGACAUCGCCAUCAACACACUUCAACUUAUCAUUCAUUUCUCACUGGAGUUUGUGCUGGCCAACGGAGCACUGCAGAGAAUUGACGAGGGCUCUGAUCCUUGUGUGCUGAGUGUAGACCGGAGGAAGAGCAUUGGUGAGCUCAAGGAAGCCAUUGCUGAGACGUACUCUAGUCUCUACGAUGCUGACCAUGUAGUAAUACACACAGCCAAGACCCUCCCAGCUGGCACACACCUCUACGACCUGGUCUCAGGCAAUGAUCAGACGAGUGUGGCUGAUGCUGGUAUCACCAACAACUCUCAGCUGUUUGUGUGGGACGGUCAGACUGUGGGAGGUGAAGCCAUAGCGGUGGGAUGGUCAUGUGAUCCGAUCCUGCUGCAUGUGACGUACCCAUCGGAGGAAGGAGAGUGUGAACUGAGCAGUGGUUUCCCCAAGAACUCAACUAUUAGUCAACUGAGGGUGUCCCUGUCGGAGCUACUAGAGAUCCCUCCCAGUCAUGUGACCAUCAGCCAUGUUAAGCUCUCUGAGAUACAGGACACACAGACACCCAUCGUUGUCCUUUCUCCUAGCAAGGAUGGCAGCACUCUAGAGGAGCUGAAGCUACAGGAUGGAGACAGGCUCACAGUGGAGAGGAGUAUCAAGAAAGGUGUGAAGUCACUAGCUCACUCUGUAGCAGACAAACACAGCAAGAUGCUGUCAGUCAUCAUUGAGAGCAGGCUACUGCCUCUCACUGAUGCUACUGGGUUGUAUCCUGUGUUUCCAGUGGAGGUAGGAAAAGACGAAUGUGUCGCCACGCUCAAAACAAUGGCCUUGACAACAGCUAGCAACCAGCAAUUUAUUGGUGAAUGUCGUCUCCGUGGUGAUGAUGAUGUCACUGGAAUAGGGCCUCCGCUGUAUGAGUCUCAGACACUGACUGACGCUGGAAUCAGUCCUGGACAGAGGAUCAUUCUGGAAUCAGGCCAAGCACCAACCAGUAAUCAGGUUGCUCUCAAUUGUCAGCUGUUGAGCGCUGGUGUGUCGAGUGUGGGUGUGUGUGAGGUGAUCCUGGGGAGGGAUGUGACUGUAAGGGAGUGUAUGUGUGUCAUGGUGACAGCCCUCGGACUGACGGGCGGAGACUGGCACCUGCAAAGGACCAACUGGUGCGGAGAAGCAGCUGACGUGUUGGAAGAUGAGGAUGCCAGUCUGGAACAGGAGAGACUGAAGUCUGGUGACGUACUGCUCCUUGCAGAAGGAAGACUACCUCCCAAAGGUUUUAUUCGUCUCCAAGUGUACCUCUACUCCCCUGAGUCCAGUCCCUCCCCCCACCCACCAGCUAACCUCCCUCAGGACAUCCCCCUCCACCUGGUCCCCCCAUCCCUCUGCCACCCCCUUGUUCCCGGACAGCUGGACGAGGUCGGUGUAUUAGAGAUCAGUAAAGAGGCCACUGUCGAGGAACUCAAGAUCACCAUCCUUACAUUACCCGCUAUGGAGAAUAUGACGGUGCCGUUGCUAGGGUUACUGAGAGUGAGGGAAGUGGUGAAUGGCAGACCAGCCAAGAUAUUCAAAUUACACAACCACACUUUGAGACGUCUGAAGCUGUCGUCAGGGUCAAAGGUCGCCUGCACAGUGCUGCCCCAAGAAGAGGAUCUACAGACUACUACAGUGGUGUUCAACCUGUGUGUGAGGUUACCUGGAGAGAGGGGAUAUGGACCACACACUGAGGUGGUGUAUGAUACGUCCCAUUCCAGUACCCCAUACUCACUUUGUGCCCACGUGUCCCAAUACCUGGACAUGCCUCUGGACAGACUGAGAAUGGCCAAGCACAAACUGGAUAGUUUUGAGUGGAUCAAAAUGCAAGACUCUCAUCAGAGUGACUCCAGCAAGCGAGGUCGUAAGAAAGGUCAAGCAAAGGUCAACAUUCGCAACUCCCCUAUCAUGCUCAAGGACGGGGACACUGUCGGAGUGAAGGACCUCCAGUACGACCCUGACGAUACUGAUGAUUUCUCUACCCCCCUGGAUGACAGAGGGCGGGCCAUACUAGCGGCAAUACAGGAGGACAAGAGACAAAAGAGGAAGUCCAAGGGUGGUGGUGACAUCCUGGCCCGGGGGGGAGGGGCCAAAGCCAGGAGACAGGAAGUAGGCAUCAAGAUAUUCGUACCGGACUAUCAAGCCAAACAGGAUCAGUUAUGAAGAAUUUGAACAAAACUAGUAUUGUACAUUAUAGUUUGUGAUUUUAUGCAUAAUCAUAUCAAUUUAAUUUCUUGCUGCCCAGCGAGUGGGCAGAUCAAAGCAAUUAAUCCAG